AUGAUCAACAAUUUCGUAAGCGGUUCACUUGUUGAACAAUCAGCUAGAUCAUAAUACAAAUAUCAAAAGGUGCCGAAUUCGUAAUCAGGUUUUAAUAACAACAUGGAAUCCACUUAUGGUGAUUCUGACAUAGCAUAAAAUUUCAACUUUAACCAAGAGAUUAACUAUGAUCGAAUCUCUCUGCAAGUUGUUGUCUUGAUUGUCAUAUAAAUUCAGAAAUUAUACUAAAAGAGAUUUAAUCGAAGAGGUUAUUUAAAAAAGAAAGCAUAGCAAAAAUAUGAAAAAUUUUAAGCUGUUGUUUAAAAUUAUCAGAAGAACAUACUAGGUACUUCACUUUUGAAGUGCGAAAAAAUGAUCGACAAUUUUAUCUAGAAGGGGAAGAUUUAGAAUGAAUAUCUCAGCUAAGAAAUAAUCACAAUCCUUAAGGACUGCAUAAGAAAGAUAUAGUAUAUAGAGGAAAGAGUUUUACCUAAAGAGUUUUAGGGGCAUUCUUAUGACAGGGACGAGGAAGGUUUUUCUGACUAUGAUGAUCUAGGCCUACUAGGAUCUUCUAUGCUUAAUUUCUUUGAUAAAGAUGUUAUUAAAGAGGAGUUUGAGGAGGAACAUUCAGCGAUAUUACUUGAGUAAAUGGAGAUGAACAAAUAGUUUUAGCAGAUGUUGGAAGAAUAGCCAGAUAAUCAUCUACUAAAAGAUUUUUAAGAGACAAUGUAGAAAAAGACCUUAGCUUAGAUAUUUUUAGAAAAAUUUAACAAAAAUCAAGAGUAACUCCAUAAAAUUUCUUCAGUUGUGGAUAAUUAAGAACUCUCAAAAAUAAAAUCAGCGAAUUCUCCAGAAAGCAAUAAUAAAAAUGCACUAAUAACUGAUCAGCCUAACCCAAUCAGAGCUGCAUUUUUAAAGAAAAUUGAGUAACAAAGAUAAAUUGAGUAGGAGAAAAGUCAGUAGGCUUUCAAAGAUAGAAUUAGGGAUUCACUUAUGAAAAAAUAUGGACCAGCUAUUGUAGGUGGACAAUAGGCUGAAGUACAAAGAUUUUAGAUAGAAAUCCAAGAUGUUAAUAAUAAGCCAAAUGAACAUCCGAUGAAUAUCAAUUUAGAACCUAUUAUCUAAGGGAAUAAUUUAAAAUCAAUGCUAAGCCGGGGAAUAAUGCAAAAAUACUAACAGUUUAAAAGAGGAGAUUUUACAGAAAAUGUUUCGAAUCUUAUUCCAGAUAAAUCAUUACAAAGUUAAGAUCUACUAAAUCAAAGGCUUUAGCAGAGGAUGUAUUAGUAGAUACCAAGUGCAAGAUCAAGAUCAGCUUAUUAAAGGAUUUUAAGUAAAGAGGAUAACAUUUCAGUAACGAGUAAAUAACUAAGCAGUAAGCCAUAGUUCUAUCAAAGUCCUUAGCCUAUAAGGUCUCAUGAAAAUAAUAGCUUAUAUGAUGCAGCAUCUUCAUCAAUUUAAUUAAUGAAUCAGGACAAAAAGUAUUCUUUACAGAUUAGUCCUCCACAAAGCAAUCUCACAAGAUCACAGCACCAAAGAAUGAGUUAUGCUAAUAAGAAUUAUGGUUCUUUAUCCAAAGCUGGGUCAGCAAUGAUUAUAACUAAGGAAGAAGGUUAUCUCCAUAUGAGAGCAAAAGUAUCAUAAAAGAGGAGAGAGGAAAAUCUUUUCAAAGAAAUGAAUCACUUUGCAAAUAUUAGACCUUAAAGUUAAUUAUUUUGA